GUUUUAAAAUUGGUUUUAAAAAAUUAUUGUGGAAAAAAAUAUAAAUUAUUAUCAGCAAGGCAGUAAAAAAUGUGUUUUUGUGAUGAUUGUAUGAAAAUGUGAUAGUUUCUAUUAAUUAAAUUGAGGCUUGAUUAAAAAUACCAAAUUAGGUAACCUCAAAGUGCCGGUAAUGUAGUUGCCUAAUUUAUCGAUAAGAAAGGUUUUAAAUUGGUUAUGGAAAGAAUUGUGAAUUAAUUGUUAUCAAUUUUUUUUUGUAUGUCUCUGUUUCAAAGUGUUUAUCAACAAGACAAAUUUCAUUGGUUGAUUAUUCGGCCCCUUCCUUCGCCCCGGAAUCCAAGAACGAAGGAGAUGGGAGACGACUUARAGUCACAAAAUGUAGCCCCUGAAGCGUCAAAAAGGCCUCUAUCGCCGGUUGAAACACUUCCGAUUAAAAAAAUGAGGUUAAGUUUAUCCGGUAAGGACUUCCGAAAACGGUUAAAAACCGGUGAAACCAUCCAAGCCCUUCAGGGAUUUUCUCAAUGUGUCGAAGACUCCAAACAGGACUUCAUCAAGGGAUACUUGGAUGCCGGAGGUAGUGCCUUAGAAAUCCUCCAAUUGAUGGAAGGCGAGUCGGUAGUCUCCCCCGUGUUAGUUUUUGACGUCGUAAAUACGAUUUUGUUACAAAUCGGGUCGAAGUUACCCCAAUAUCAGAACGGGGCUUUCGAAGCUUGUCGCUAUUUGCUCAACACCUAUGUUACUUUAAUCAAUAAAAUGUUAGGUUUGAGUUCGAGUACGAGGGAACGUGUGGUCGCAUUGCGACUUUUAACGACAAUUGUUACGUUUUCGGUGGUUUUAGCGAAGGAUAUUUUACUACAUGUUAAUUUUAAUCCAACCAAUGUGGAAUUGUUGRCGAAAGCGAGCGAAGGGAAGAGUGAAGUCCGGUCGGCUUUUAUACAUUUUCUAACCGCGUUUUUAAUUGAUGGRCAUUUUCCCGUUCUUUCGGUACUUUUAGAAAAAAAAGGAUUUAUGACGAGUAUUGUGAACGGUUUGUUGUACGAUAAAGUCGAUGUUGUUGUUUUGGUUUUAACAGCGAUGAAAAAUCACAUUUUGGAAAAUAAUUUCGUUUCGAAAACGGUCAAAAUGAAGACUUUUAGUACACCGGUAGUACGAGACAUUGUCAAUUUAUAUAAUUGGAAAGGACCGGCCGGUUUAACCGAAAAAAAGAAAAACAAAAGUGUUUUUGUUGACGAUAUUGAUAAGUCUAAAGUGAGCGAAGCCGUUCAUUCUUUUUUGUUGGUUUUGUGCACUUCGCAUAAAUACGGUGUGAUUUUCAAAGACCCUCUUGUCGGUUUGGGGAAACGUCAAAAUUCACUCGUGUAUACGGUYCUGGAAAGUCUAGACCGGCCCUGGGAGCACUCAUACGCCGGGGAACUUGUUACCAAAAUUUGCAAGGCUUGUCCGGACCUCUCGAAGACAAUGUGGUUGAAUUUGAGGCAGUUUCUUCAGCCUCGGAUGACCGUCAAGUGGUUAAAUGCAAUCAAAUUUGCGAAAACACUCCUCGACGAGCUUCAACCCGACUGUAUUGAGUCUUGUGUAAACAAUUUAAAUGUUUAUCAGAUCGGCCAAAUAGUGACUAUUUUAUCCGCGCCUUUACCGGUUUUGAAAACCAUAAUUCCGCAAAAUCGCACAUUUGAGCAACCCUCUGUCAAGUAUCAUGUAAUGUCUUUGUGUUUAAAAAUGGCCAAAUCGGUUGAGAAUUAUUUAAACUGGUCAAAAACCUGGAAUGUUGACCAAGACGUGUUGAAAGCGUCGUUGUCGAACCACAUUCAGCGAAAUUUUCCCGAUGUUGAAUUAAUUUUGAAUGAAUGGGACCAAAAAGAUGACGAUUUGUCUCUUUGUGAUUACCUCGAUACGGCUCUGGAUUUGCUAGAGACAUACAAAUGUCUAUGUCCGAAUGUCCUAGAAGAGUUUUCUUUUACUGUCGACCUGAAACAAUUCUUAACUAAAUGCGAAACGUUGGAAAAUUCGCGUCGAUUGCAAGUCAAGGUUGUUAAAUUUUUCCUGAAUUUGGAGCCGGCCCUGUUUCGGCCUAAAACCGAUUUAUUUGAAAUGGUUGUCUUGUUUUCUUUUGAAAUUUAUUACAAAAGUAAAGAUUCAACUGUUUUGGAAGUGUUGACUCAGGUUUUACAAAAUACGGGAUUAUUUGAUGGGUUUUUGCCUGAAAUUGAUCUCUGGAUUGAUGGAGUUUUGAAUUUGAAAAGUUACGAUGAAAACGUAGCGAAUUUUGUUUGUUCUCUUAUCAGAAAAAUUGACGAGAAUUCGAGCGAGUUUAAUAAAAAAUUGUUUGAGUUUCAGGGGGGCAAUUUUAGUCCGCUUUUGCUGGGGAUUGAUGGUGUCUCCAAGUCGUUGAAAAACUAUUUCAAUUUUGUUAUUUUGAAUUUGUUUCAUUUGCAAGUGGAUGCAAACGCUUUUGUUAAAAUCGUGUCAAAUUUUGAAUUUUUAUCAAGUGAUUUGUUGGAAUAUAUCAACAAUUGGAGUAAUUUGGUGGUUACAAAUCUGCCCAAAUGUAAAGGAAAAAUUCUAGAAGAGUUUCACAAGUUUUCGAAUGAUUUUCUCAACCAGGACUUAGAGAAUUUUACCUGUGAUUUGUAUCCGAACUUUAAAUUGAAUUUAUUACAGUGUGCCAUAUUUUACAUAACAAAUUUAAUUAAAGCAGAUAUGUUAAAAGAAAAUCAAAUAAAAAAUACUUUCAAAUUUGUUAUUGGUUCAAUAUCUGAUGAUACUUUCGAUGAUCGUUACGUUAAAACGAUAUUGGGAAAUCCAAUUUUAUUACGUAAUUUWACUCUCUUCGAUUCGAACGAUUUUUUAACAAAAUUAAUCCUCAUCGUGAUUAAAGGUGCGAAAAAUAGAAACAUCGAUGAGUAUUUGGCAUAUUUUCGUCGUAAAAUAGUUUCAGUCAUUUYGAAAGUUUUUCGUAAAAGUGACAAAUACGAWAAUGCGACACUUUCAAUCGAAAUUAUCGAGACUGUGACUUUGAGUUACGAACAAUGUCGCAAAUUGCUCGAAAAAUUCGUAAAUUCGCUGGAAACUAAGCGUUUUUUUCUCAUUGCGUGUUAUUGUUUAGAUCGGAUGUCUGAAAACGAUUCGAAUUUGCAACCUUUGAGUAACGAAACUGUCGGAAAAUUGUCACAAAUUUUGCAAAACUUACUCSAGAAACAAGUUCCCAAUUCGCAUAACUUGUCGUUAUCUCUCUUAAACUAUUUGAAAGUUUUUCCACACAAUCUUGAAGGUGUUGAAAGUAAACUAUUCGRUAGUUUGGUCUCAMUGACCGAAUUCAAUAAAGACAAUCUUUYGCUUUGUGAAUUUCUCUUGGACCGAAAGUCGGAAAUUCUYUCAAAYUUUGAAAACAACCUCGACGUGAUUUGUUCAAAGCGAAGUUUUAUUCUMUUUUUAUUGGAUGUCGUAGUUCAGAAAUGUGAUGAUGUUUUGCUCGAAAAAAUCUUCAAUAAAUGUGAAAGUUACGUAAUUAAAGCGUUGCAAAAACCGCAUAAAGCCGGUCAACAUUUUCAAAAUCACUAUCAGAGUGUUGGAAUUUUAAUCGAGAAGUUUAUGAAGUGUGAUACUGGGUCUCAAAUCCAGAAAUUUGAGACUUGUGAAUUGUUUCAUUUUUAUUUAUUGAAAAAACGUUACGAUAAWGUCGAUAAGAACGAGAAAGUCUUGGGGGACAUUAUUAUGACAUUGAUUCACCUGCUGAUGAAUCUCUUGAAGCAAAAAAGUGGGACAAAAAGUGUGGAGAAUUUGGCCGAGAUUGGUGAAAUUUUUUACGAUUUUUUAAAUGAAAUUCCGAAGGAAAAAUUUGAUUUGACCUCACUGAGUUCGAAUGAAACUUUUAAAAUGUUUUGCAAACUUUGUCUCAAGUAUGGAGUCAGUGGGGAUUUUGUUUUGGUCAAGAUUUUGUCACAAUUGGUCCAGUUAUGCAUUGGGGAAGGUGAGGGAAAAUUGAUUUUGGAAAUGUUAUUGUCACAUUCGCACUUUUUGGAUGUUGUCUUAAGUGACUCUCAUGAAGAAAUUGCAAAUUUGUGGCUAAUUUUGUGCAAGAAGUGGUCCCAAUUCAUGGAAAGGUCUCACAUUCCGGUGCUUUUAUCGGCCUACAAGGCCACAAAGUCCGAUAAAAUUAUUCUACAUUUAUUAAAAAUGUACGAGGCGCGCGCCGAGCAAACGCAAUUUUUCGAUUUUAAACCUUUUCUAUGGGGGCGCGCCGCCGCUUCCCACUACUCGGUCCGUUCAGACAUACAGAAAGUGCUAUGGCGACAACCAAAAAUGGCCGAUAUUUUGAAUAAUCUCCAUCUUGGUACAAUCAUCUCGACGAUAAACAAUCCACAAGGUCGGAAUUCCUACGACCUUGACUACUUUCUACCUAUGUUUAUCCACAUCUUGUCACCGGAAAAUCCGGUUGCCACUUACCGUUUUACCAAAACCGGAGCGCUAGCUUUGGCCCUUACUGGAUUUCGUGGUGACAAGUCCCAAAGAUUGGCCACUUGUCAUGUUUUGCAACGCUUUUACUUUCAUUUGGAGGCGAAACAGACCGGAAAAGACAACUUAUUGUGGUUGCGAUUUAUCGAGGCAAUUUGUAAGGGAAUUGUGGUGCUUGAAGAUUUCAAAAUAAACAAUUUCGUUGGGAUUUUUCUAUCACGAACGGCACUGGUUUUGGCACAACCGACCGAUGUUAUGUACGUGCCCUUGACUCAGUAUUUGGCCGCGAAGGAUUCACUAGAUUUUUCCGGGAUUCCGGAACUUUACACGUUUUUGCACAGUCCUCAUGUGAAUUCCCGGGAACACAAGAAUUUCAUUCUGGAGGUUUUGAGGGACGGUUUGAGGGAUGACAAGGAUUUUACAACGCUAUUGAGGUCGAUGGGAUUUAAGUUAAUUUCGGAAUUGUGUUCGAGUAGUGUUUGUGACACACAUACGAGAUUCUUAAUUUUGGAAGUGUUUGAGGCUUGUUGUGAAAUCACUGUCGGAGUAAAGAUUUUGUGCGGAAGUUUGGCGUUUUUGAGUCAGAUUUUUGCCCUACUUUUGAAAAAUUGUGAAGACGGCAGUGUUUUAGUUAAAAUGUUGAAGAUUUUGUCAAAGAUUGUUGAAAAAUCUCAAGAUAGAGAGAAGAAUUUUGUGGUGUAUUUGAACCUAGUCAUGAUUUUUGAAGACGAAAAGUUUUAUAAAUGUUUGAUUGACAGUAAAGGUUCGGACAUUUUCUAUCAAGUGUUGAACAUUAUUGUUAAUCGGUUUCCCGAUUUUUUUGUAAAGAAACAUUAUGACAUUAUUCUUGAAAAAACUAACGAUAAGUUUUGUAAAUAUUUGGAUUUAUAUGGGUGUCGAUAUGUGAGAGAAACUGAUUUUUCAAAUCUUGCAAAUCCAAAUUACUUAAGACUGUUGUUUUUUAGCAAACUUAGAAAUAAUAGGGACGUUUCGCGAUUGCUGUGCGCUUUCCGUUGUUGUUGGUGUUCAGUAAUGGACGUGAAAAUGGCCAGAGAGGAGGUCCAAAUACCUCUAAGGGAUAAACCGUUAAAACAGUURAACCGAAUUGCGAAAAGACCAAAAUUGGAUGUCGAAUUUCAAGAUUUGAAGUACUCGAUAAGGGACAGUAACGCUAAGGGGGGAUGGAGGACUAUUUUGAAUUCUGUGAACGGAAAAUUUCGUUGCGGCGAAUUCACAGCGAUUUUGGGCCCAAGCGGUGCCGGAAAAAGCUCCCUACUGAACAUCCUCGCCGGUUGCGUAACCGGAGGUGUCAAAGGUUCGAUCAAAAUCAACGAUCGGCCUCGAGAUAUGAAAAUUUUCAACAAAUUGUCUUCGUAUAUCAUGCAGGAGGAUUGCAUUCAACCAAGAUUAACAGUCAAAGAGGCGAUGAUAUAUGCUGCUUGUCUCAAACUAGGCUCCCAUAUCGAAUAUCGUGAUAAACUGGCUGUGAUUCACGAAGUGAUUGAUCUUCUGGGGCUGGAAAAGUGUGUGGAUACUCUAAGUGAACAUCUAUCAGGAGGUCAACGUAAAAGGUUAAGUGUUGCUCUUGAACUAGUUAAUAAUCCUCCGGUGAUUUUCCUGGACGAGCCAACGACUGGUUUGGAUAAUUUUGCCAUAAACCAGUGUAUUCAUUUACUGAAAAAAAUCAGCCAGUUGGACCGAACUGUGGUUUGUACCAUUCAUCAACCUCCGGCUUCCAUCUUUCAAUAUUUUGAUCAGGUAUACAUUGUAGCUAAUGGCUAUUGUGUUUACAACGGCUCUCCGAGCCAAUUGGUUCCAUUUUUCAACGUCGUCGGCCACUCUUGCCCUUCAAACAACACACCGGCGGAUUACAUGAUCGAACUAAUUCACUCGCAACCGAGCUUCAUCCAAAGCUUUCAAACGGCCAUACAAAACGGAAAAGUCAACAUGAAAGAACGCUACGAAAGCGACAAACCGGCGAAAGGAUACUCCAACGAUGGUGUUUAUAACGACACCACUGAAGUCGUGAUUCAGAAAAGCGAUAUCGAUUUUCCCACAUCGUUCAAUGUGCAAUUUUCGAUUCUCUUAUCUCGCAUGUUUUUGCAAAUGAGACGGAAUCGUCUCGGACUCUACAUCCAGUUUUUCCAUCAUUUGCUCUCCGGUUUAAUAAUCGGUGGGAUUUUCUAUGGAAUUGGGAACGACGCUGCACAAACGAUCGCAAUUUUUAAAUAUUGYGUCUGUAUUAAUGUGUUUUUUAUGUACACGCAUGUUAUGAUGCCGGUGCUUUUGUUUCCGUUGGAAGUGAGUUUGAUGAAACGCGAAUAUUUUAAUAGGUGGUACGGACUCAAGGCGUAUUAUGCGGCCAUGACAGUUGUCACUUUACCACCAUUGAUCAUUUUGGGGAUGAUGUUUUCAACUAUUGUYUAUUUCAUGACACACCAGCCUUUGGAGACUGACAGGUUUUUAGGGUUUACUUUAACAGGGCUUGCAGUUGGGAUUACGUCUCAAGGUUUAGGUUAUUGCAUCGGUUCCAUUUUUAAUAUAACUAAUGGUUCGGUAGUUGGGCCUUCGGUCCUAGCACCACUUUUAGCUCUUUCCGUGUACGGUAUGGGCUAUAGGGCUUCUAUCGAGCCCUUCUAUAAGGUAUUAAUGACGUUGACUUAUAUUAGAAACGGUGUUGUUGGUAUUUGUAAUAGUUUGUUUUACGAAAGACCGCCUCUAUCUUGCGGUGAGGGCGAAAUUUAUUGUCAUUAUGCCCGUCCUGAUAUACUUAUGGGCGAUAUGGCAAUACCGCUUAUGCACUAUCGAUACCAAUUAGGUAUUAUUUGCAUUUUCAUGAUUGUUUUUCGAAUCGUGGGUUAUUUUUCGUUAAAAUGUAGAUUGAACAAUGAUUUAGCGACAAAAAUUAUAUUCUACGCGAAAAAAAUCAUCAAACAUAAUUAUUAAUCAAAUGGUAUUUUUUUAGUUAGUACCUGCUUGAAUGUGAUAAUUAGCAUAGAUAGAUAAUUAUUUUAUUUAACAAAAAAUAUACAGUAUGAUUUAUAAAUAAAAUUAGGUUUUUGAAUUGA